UCUCCGUGCACCUGAGAGCCGCCGCCCGGGUCCUCGAAGCUGCAGCCGUCGCCGUCCCCGCCGCCAUGAACCGCUUCAAGGUGUCCAAGUUCCGGCACACAGAAGCCCGGCCGCCCCGCCGCGAGGCCUGGAUCAGUGACAUUCAUGCAGGAACCGCCCCCUGCUGUGGGAACCAGAUCAAGUCGAGUUGCAGCUUGAUUGCCUUCAACUCGGACCGUGCAGGUGUGCUGGGCAUCGUGCCUCUGGACGGCCAGGGAGAGCACAAGGGACAUGUGACCCACCUAGGCUGCCAUUCAGACCUGGUCACGGACCUGGACUUCUCUCCCUUUGAUGACUCCCUCCUGGCCACGGGCUCCGCCGACAGGACGGUGAAGCUGUGGCGGCUGCCGGCCCCCGGCCAGGCGCCCCCCUCGCAGCCCGGCCUGGCGCUGGGCCCCGAGGCCGCGCAGCUGGAGGCGCUGCAGUUCCACCCGACCGCGGACGGCGUGCUGCUGAGCGCCGCGGGCCCUGCCGUGAAGCUGUGGGACGUGGCGAGGCGGCAGCCCCUCUCAGAGCUGGCGGCCCACGGAGACCUGGUGCAGGGCGCUGUGUGGAGCCGGGACGGGGCCCUGGUGGGCACAGCCUGCAAGGACAAGCAGCUGAGGAUCUUUGACCCCAGGGCGCAGCCCAAGGCCACCCAGAGCACGCAGGCCCACGAGAACAGCCGGGAUGGCCGGCUGGUGUGGACGGGCAUCCAGGAGCACCUCGUGUCCACCGGCUUCAACCAGAUGCGCGAGCGUGAAGUGAGACUCUGGGACACCCGGCACUUCUCCAGCGCUGUCGCCACCCUCACGCUGGACACGGCGCCCGGGCCUCUGAUGCCCCUGCUGGACCCCGACUCCGGGCUCCUGGUCCUGGCAGGAAAGGGCGAGAGUCAGCUCUCCUGCUACGAGGUGGUCCCACAGCAGCCGGCCCUGAGCCCAGUGGCCGUGCCCCUGCUCAGCAGCGGCGGGCAGGUGGCUGUGCUCGAGCUGCGGAAACCUGGCCGCCUGCCUGACACGGCGCUGCCCACGCUGCAGAAUGGGGCGGCCGUGACCGACCUGGCCUGGGACCCUUUUGACCCUCACCGCCUGGCCGUGGCCGGGGAGGACGCCAGGAUCCGACUGUGGCGGGUGCCCCCCGGGGGCCUGAAGGAGGUGCUCACCACCCCUGAGGCCGAGCUCACAGGCCACGCGGAGAAGAUCUACGCUCUGCGCUUCCACCCGCUGGCGGCCGACGUGCUGGCCUCCUCGUCCUACGACCUCACCGUGCGCGUCUGGGACCUGCGGGCAGGGGCUGAGCGGCUGAGGCUGGAGGGCCACCGGGACCAGAUCUUCAGCAUGGCCUGGAGUCCUGAUGGGCAGCAGCUGGCCACUGUCUGCAAGGACGGGCGCUUGCGGGUCUAUGCGCCGCGCUCGGGCCCUGAGCCCCUGCAGGAAGGCCCAGGGCCUGAGGGGGCCCGCGGAGCCCGUGUUGUCUGGGUGUGUGGUGGUCACUGUCUGCUGGUGUCCGGCUUUGACAGCCGAAGCGAGCGCCAGCUGCUCCUCUUCUCAGCGAAGGAGCUGGCAGGGGGCCCCUUGGCAGUGCUGGGCCUCGACGUGGCUCCCUCCACCCUGCUGCCCAGCUACGACCCUGACACCGGCCUGGUGCUACUCACGGGCAAGGGCGAUACCCGCGUGUUCCUGUAUGAGCUGCUCCCCGAGACCCCUUUUUUCCUGGAGUGCAACAGCUUCACGUCGCCAGAGCCCCACAAGGGCUUCGUCCUCCUGCCCAAGACGGAGUGUGACGUGGCGGAGGUGGAGUUCGCCCGGUGCCUGCGGCUGCGGCAAAGCUCCCUGGAGCCCGUGGCCUUCCGGCUGCCCCGAGUCAGGAAAGAGUUCUUCCAGGACGACGUGUUCCCGGACACGGCCGUGAGCUGGGAGCCGGCGCUCACUGCCCAGGCCUGGCUGGGGGGCGCCAACGGGCAGCCCCGGCGUCUCAGCCUCCAGCCCCCCGGCAUGACUCCAGUGAGCCAGGCCCCCCGUGAGGCCCCUGUCCGGCGGACCCCCUCCUCGGCACUCUACCUGGAAGAGAAGUCAGACCAGCAAAAGAAGGAGGAGCUGCUGAAUGCCAUGGUGGCGAAGCUGGGGAACCGGGAGGACCCCCUCCCCCAGGACUCCUUUGAAGGUGUGGACGAGGACGAGUGGGCCAAGUAUCUGGCCCAGAUCAUCGUGAUGGGGGUGCAGGUGGUGGGCAGAGCCUUUGCCCGGGCCCUUCAGCAGGAGUUUGCAGCCAGCCGAGCGGCAGCUGACGCCCGAGGACGUGCCGGACACCAGUCUGCCGCUGCCUCCAACCUCUCUGGCCUCAGCCUCCAGGAGGCCCAGCAGAUUCUCAACGUCUCCAGGCUGAGCCCCGAAGAGAUCCAGAAGAACUAUGAACACCUAUUUAAGGUGAACGACAAGGCCGUGGGCGGCUCCUUCUACCUGCAGUCAAAGGUGGUGCGAGCCAAGGAGCGCCUAGAUGAGGAGCUUCGCAUCCAGGCGCAGGAGAACAGAGAGAAGGACCCCAAGACGUGACCUUGGGGUUCCUCCGCUCACCCAUCCCUCUAAUUUAUAGCUUGGUAAUAAACGCCUUUUCCACAUUCUUGAGUCUGCAAGUCCAGAUGGCAGCAGGCAGGCCGCUCCUGCUGGCCAGGGGCAGUGCGUGCCCAGGCGGCCAGUGGCAGACACCCUUUCCCGAGCACGGAAUCAUCUCACGUCUGAGCCGUGCCCGGGUGUGGAGCACGGCCAAGCAGGUGGGUCCCCCCAUGGCCCAGCCAUUGGCCAGUUGCAGCAGGGGGCAGCGGGACAGGGCCUGACCCGCAGCAUGGUCACGGGCGUCUGCCUGCUGCAGGCACUGGCAGCCCUGGGAGUGUGACCCCCAGCCCGGCCUGGCCUUGGGGGGAGCCCAGCGCCUCCAGACAGAGCCAUCUUUGCGAUUCGCUUUUAUUGUUUCUUUAUAAACUUCCUCUCACACGGAGGAGUAUUUUGUUAUAGUCA